AUACGUAAUAAUCGUGUUAUAAAUGAGUGCAGAUGUAGGGUUUGGCAAAUUAUUUUAGCAUGUAGUAAAAGUAUCUAAACAAACGGUACCUGGAACAUGGCAUGUCAUUAACACAGAGUUGUGUACAUGUUUAUGUUGAUGUCACUCGUUCGAAGCGCAACGCACUGUCUUAAAAUUUUAGAGCGACAUUUAAGUUGAGCAAGAAGAUGACACACCGAUGCAGGCCGAAUUUUAACAGUGUUACAGAAGAGACUAUACUUCCUGGUACUCAUUUCCCAUAAUAACUAAAUCUUACUCUUUUUCAGUUUCGGGAAACGGAAAGUACAUCUGGCAAUGUAAACAUCAUGUGUGUGUUGGCAGCACCCGAAAUAUGACGUAAUUUGCUACUUGUUUGUGCUGUAGUUGUGUUGAUCGUUUUUUGGGAAGGGUGUUGCAGGGACUUCCAGAUUGACACCUUGUUUUUAAUCAUCUCUUCUCCUCCCCUUGCCAUACUCCCAAAAAUGGAUGAGUCAGGGAUUGAUUUGGCAUUUGAUUUAUCAGAAAUCACGGAUUCCUUCAACCUGGAUGCUAUGGAAUGGAAUGACGCAAUCGGGAUAGAGAACACACUGGCUGAUUAUUACCCGUUUUACGAAUUAAAGUCGAAAACAGUACCGGAAAGUCCACCGACAUUUAAAACUGUGACCCCUACAUCCCGUACACAGCUGAAGCUUCAGUUGAUGAGGGAGAAGUGGCAGGAGGAGGAGAGGAGAGAGGCCGAGAAGCAGGCUCAGCAGCAAAGUGCUUCAACAUCUAUUAAAGUUCCAGUCAACAUUCACAGCUUUGGUAUUGACGUACCACCACAAGUGCUACAGGUUCGCACCGAGUUGGAGAACCCUACUCGUUACCAUGUAAUGCAGAAGCAAAAGAACCAGGUUCGACAGUUCUUGUGUGAGUCGGGUCAGCAGCCAUUACUAGCAGCCCAGCAGGUUUUGGGUAGUGCUCGUGGUCAGCUUUCUACAGUACACAGUGCUCCUGUCAAUUCUGCACCAGUGAUACCUGAACAGCAGCCAAAGCAGAAUAUGACCAGCGUCAGUUCGGAGAAUAUCUUGUCACCAAGUCUAAGCUCAGUUGCUACAAGUGCCUCUGAGGCAGAAGACAUCCUUGAAGACUUCUUGCCUUUUGAUCCCAAUUCAGAUAAGAUCAGAGAUCCAGCGUUGAAUAUCGCACCAGAUGUUCAGCUGGUCUCGGCAAACAGUCUUUAUGAAGAGAUUAUUGGCUUGGGCCCUAAAGGUGUAAAUAAAACCAGCAAUUCAUGCCCUCCUGAUUUACCUCAAAUAAAGCCUGAACCAAUUCAACUCAGUGAUGCUGAGCUCCAUGCACUUGCAAAGGAUAGACAGAAGAAGGAUAACCAUAACAUGAUUGAAAGGCGGAGACGUUUCAAUAUAAAUGACAGAAUAAAAGAGCUUGGAACAUUAUUGCCAAAAACAAAUGAUCCGUAUUAUGAAAUAGUGCGUGAUGUAAGACCAAAUAAAGGGACUAUACUGAAAUCCUCUGUGGAUUACAUAAAACUUCUGAAAAGUGAAGUUGAAAGAAUGAAGCAAAGUGAACAGAAGCAACGCCAGCUUGAGCUACAAAAUAGAAAACUGCUACUUAGAGUGCAGGAACUGGAACUGUUGGCUAAAUCCCAUGGUUUGCCAAUAACAGAUACUACUUGGCAACCUGCAUCCACACAGUCUGUAAUUGCAACUUACAUUAAAAACAAUCCAUCAACAGAGCCCCUUCGAAAGAUUCCUGAUGUACUUACUGAAGCUGCCACAUUAAGUGCAUCACAGGUUGAAGAUCUGAUGGAGGAUGACCACCCUGUUAAUGGUGAUCCAAUGUUUUCAUCUCCACAGAUCCCAAGCCCUCUGGAUCAUCAUGCUUUGGAUGAUGACUUUGACCACGACCCUAGUGAAAAAUUUGUUGAUGAUGUUGACAUGGUAGCAUGAAUGUGAAUGGUUGCAAUUGCAAAUACAGCAUAUUUACGAAUGAUAGAUACAGCAUAUUUACUCUUGCACUACAGUUGCACUACUAUGAAUGUUUACUGUAGCAGUUAAGAUACAUAAUGGACUGAGGUUUCUAGCCAUCAUAUUGCUGUUACUGCAUAAAAGGGGAUCAUGUGUGCAUUCAGUUGAAGUGCUGUGAAUUUUGAAUGGGAAAGAAGGUUACUGGCUUGGAGAAGACAUUCAUAUGCUUGCACACAAAUGUGUACACAGACUGCUUGAAAUUAUUACUUUUUAUGCAGCAUGAAGAUAUAAGUUUUGUAAAAUGUGCAACUUUAAAUGUUUGUACCGUGGCAUAAUUUGAAUGACUGUGGUAAUAGUCUGCAUGCUACAAGCUUUUAUUAUUUUUGAACUGGGACUUAACCUGUGCAUAGUAAUUAUGUUUCAUGGAUAAUCUGUCCCGAGAGAUUGUAUGGGCAGUGUAACUGAAUUAUAAUGUUUCAAAUGCUGUACUGUGACAGGUAACAGUGAGCAUAAUUUUACUUGAUUGUAUCAACUUUCAAGUAUUCCAAAAAUUGGCUGUGAUAGAAACGAGUUGUAAUUAGUGUCAAAUGUUAAAAGGCUGGGUACUUUUUGGAAUGGUUUUGAAAUAAACCAGUUUGGAAAGUUCUUAUUUGUAUCUUCUUUCAUGUAACUGAAUGUGGUUAUGUAACCACUUGGAAGGGGAGGGAAAAGGUGCCUUUAAUAUACAUGAUAUUUGUGACUUGAUGAUGCUACAAUUGCAGAUAUCAGGCUAUUGUCUGUGUAGUAAUGCUGUUGUUCUGAUAAAUGUCAGUGCCUGGGAACAGGCUGUACAGGUGGAGCAGUCUUCAGGCUUUGUGGUUUGGGUACAUAGACAGUAGAGAAAUAUUAGUGACAUUGGCAGGAAUAGUGUAUGGCAUUCGUAUUCUGUUCCCAUUUGACAGGUCUGUGUUUCGAUAUUUCCUGCCAGUCUUUUCUUCCAUGCCUUGUUAAUUGUGUAUAACGACAACUCAGCGUUACAAUCAGUAGGUUGAUCUGAGAGUGAUAGAGCAUCCAUUCAUCCACAAAUUGUGUUCUGUAACUCACUACUUUUGAUUCAGUAUUGUGAGACAGGGAAAUAUUUGUACAAGUAUUAUUCCUUCACUGUUUUUGGUGUCAGAUGUUCAUACAAUAUCUUCAGUUUUUUCUGUUUUUUUUUUUUU